AGGAGGAGCGGCGGGGCCAGUGCAUAUACGGCUGAGCCGCCUCCGGGCCGGGGGCGAGGUCGCGCCUGGCCCGGGGGGAGCGGUCGGGCUGCGGUUAUUUUUGGCCUUCCAUGUGGAUAGCUUCAGUGAAUGCUCCAAGAUUAGGGAAUGAAGUGGAAAUCAACUGAAUUUUCUUGUGCCCUACUGAGAUGAAGCAAUGUUCACGUUCACGGUGGAUGGAAGUCAUGGCAACACCUAACAUGGGAGGGAAGUACACGAAUGGACAAUGUGGCGUGACUCAUUCAGAUUGCAGAUCUUCUGCCUGCUUAUGGCAGUACUGGCUGUCGUGGUGCUGGUCCAUAAUUUCUUUCAGUUAGAGAACUUAGAUGAUGACACAAUUUCAGGCUCAAACUGGAUAACAGAAAACAAUGUCCAACACUCUCUGUCCCAGACAACCAAAACUACCAGGAAGCCUUACUGUGGUUAUAAGCAGCAGACUUUGUCCAAAAGAGAACAAGUGGAAGAGGAAUCAUUGCUUGCUGCAAUAGAGUGGCCAAAUCCCCCUGACAGCAGAACUGCCUUUCUACAGAGCACUGAUCCCUUACAUAGUGACUUUGUGAUUGUGAAACCCAGUGAGCCCUUCAAGGUGGGUGAUCAGUUAGAGGUACUUGUUCGUCUGAAGGAUUUCCAAGGAAAACCGAAGCAGUACGGUGGAGACUACCUCCAGGCACGAAUUCACUCUCCUCUGCUGAAAGCUGGAGCAACAGGAAGGGUUGUAGAUUGCCAUAAUGGCCUUUAUAAAGUCUUCUUUACUUUGCUUUGGCCGGGAGAAGUCAAAGUUUCUGUGUCGCUUGUCCAUCCGAGUGAAGCAGUCCAAGUCCUCCUGCGUUUACGAGAAGAAAGGCCAGACAGAGUCUAUUUCAAAAGCUCGUUCAAGUCUGGAAGGUAUUCAGAGACUACUGAAUGCAAUGUUUGCUUGCCUGGAGAUCUGCCAGUCUGCAACUUCACAGAUCUCUACACUGGUGAGCCGUGGUUCUGUUAUAAACCUCGGAAACUGUCCUGUACCAGCCGAAUCAACCAUGCCAAGGGUGGAUAUCAGAAGGGUCUUCUGACACAAGAGGAAAGCCUCUUUUUCCAAAGUGAUGUGAAUAUCAAGAGGCCAAUACUCUCCAGUGGACCUGAUUCAGUGAUUGUAAAGCCCAAUGCAUUUACAGAUCCAGUCAGCAUAGACAGAGCUGAAGACCCCACAGUGUCUCCUUCUGGUUACUUUUAUGAAGAUGAAUGGAGGUCCAGAACACACUGGAUCCAUCAUUUUAACAGCUCAGAUGACAUAACUAAGUGCUUACAAGGAAAAGUAAUCCACUUGUUUGGAGACUCGACGAUAAGACAGUGGUUUGAAUAUCUGACAGCAUUUGUCCCAGAUCUGGUGGAGUUUAACCUGGGGAGUCCUAAGAACGUUGGACCUUUCAUGUCUGUGGACCAGAAGCACAACAUCCUCUUGAAGUUCCGCUGUCACGGGCCACCCAUUCGCUUCUCAACGGUCUUCAGCAGUGAGCUGCGCUACAUUGCCAACGAGCUGAACGGCAUAGUGGGCGGGAGGAACACGGUGAUAGCCAUCACCAUCUGGUCCCACUUCAGCACUUUCCCCGUGCAAGUGUACAUCCGCCGGCUGAGGAACAUUCGGAGAGCAAUCAUCCAGCUGCUGGAUCGCAGCCCCAAGACUUCAGUUGUCAUCAGAACCGCUAAUGCUCAGGAGCUGGGGCCGGAAGUGAGCCUCUUUAACAGUGACUGGUACUCCUUUCAGCUUGAUACUGUCAUGAGGAAGAUGUUCUCAGGAAUUGCCGUGCACUUUGUGGAUGCCUGGGACAUGUCUCUGGCUCAUUACUUGCCACAUAACUUGCACCCAAAAGAAGUCAUCGUUAAGAAUCAGAUAGAUGCGUUCUUGUCUUACGUGUGCCCUCUGCAAAUUUAGUGCAAGUGGGUAUCCCUGUGUCAUCAUUUGCUGUAGCUGAAGUUGCUGUUUGCAGCUACCAAAUUAUGCAGGAUGCAGUACAAGAACUGGUUAGUGUACUUGCAAGGGUGGCUUUUUGUUUGAGCUGUGGAGUUAUGCAGGAUGCAAUAGAAGAACUUUAUUUGCAAGGGUGGCCUUAAGUCUGGGUUAGCUGUGAAGGAUGGUCAAGGGGACUUGACUGUUCAGGCUGUAUCUUCUUGCAAGGUUGAUUCCUUUCAACCUCAUUAUUCGUGUCUGAGAUGAUUAAAGAGCACUUUAAAUGGACAGGAUUCAAUAGGAAAUUAUGUAGGUUAUUAGCUUUACUAGUUGUCUGCACUGUGUGCUUCAACUCCUCCAUAUGACACUGAUUGUGUUGCUGCUUACAACUUAGUAGAAACCUGGAAAGGAUUUGCAGGGAGAAGUUUUUCUCUCAGUGUUCCAGAGUUUGAGCAACAUCUGCUACAGCUGUCCUGGAGUUUGAGUGAUGACAUGGGUUACACCAAUGACACCCUGCUGCUGUAUGUCAGAGAACCACAGUGUCUGUUACUGUUUCAAAGUCCUAAUUAGAAGUAUGGAGUGCACCAAAAUCACUAAUACCCAUCAAGGAAGCACAAUCAAAAUAUCUGUAAUAUUAAGUCAUCUGGAAUUGGCUGAAAUUUAAUUGAGCCACACCAGUUAGGCACCCUUAGUGUUUACAGAUUGCUGCAAAAUAAUGCAACUAGUCAGGAUUUUAGUUUCGUUUCCUGUACUACUGCAUCUCUUCUGAGCAUUAAUAUACUGUCUACUUCCUGGGUUAUCUGCAAUGGAGAAAUGUGCAUAUUAUGACCUUGGUGAAGACACUGUUUCAGGCAGUUUCUGCAAGUUCAUGUUGCAGGCUGGCCUGCUUGAAGUGUUUCCCUUCCCUAUAAGAUAAAGCUAUUCCGUUAUGCUCCUGCAAAA